AGAAAUUCCUCUAUUAUUAAGGGUAAUUUGUCCUUUAAUUAAUUAAAAAGUGUAAUAAUUACAAAUUUCUAAAAAUGUGUGCCUUUUUGAUUGUCUGACAUUUAUUUUAGGACCGAGGGAGUAUGUUGUUAUUCUUCAUUGUAGGAAUAAAUUGCCAUUGGAGAGAACCGCCUUUUCCAAACCUUUUGAGCUUUUUAUUUGUAUUACAAGUAAUUGAAGGAUUCAGUAAAGACCCCAAGAGUGUAGAUUGAUUUUCCAUCCUUCUUUUAUGGCUUUACAAUGGGUGUUGCUUCUAAAAUGCAUUUUUAACGCCAAAGUUUUCACCCAGCGUUUAUCCUAUCUACCCUCGUUAAAAAAUGGGAACCCCAGAAACAUCUCGUGAACCUUGUCCAGACCGUAUACUUGAUGAUAUUGGUGGAGCUUUUGGCAUGGGUGCCGUUGGAGGGGCGGCCUUCCACUUCUUGAAGGGCACCUACAAUUCCCCCAAAGGUGAACGCUUUGUUGGUGGGAUCCAAGCAGUGCGAAUGAAUGCUCCUCGUGUUGGCGGCAGUUUUGCUGUCUGGGGUGGCCUUUUCUCCACUUUCGAUUGCACAAUGGUCUAUCUCCGCCAGAAAGAGGAUCCUUGGAACUCAAUUAUUGCAGGUGCCGCCACUGGAGGGUUUCUCCAGAUGCGUCAGGGACUCGGUGCUGCCUCCCGAUCGGCAGUUUUUGGUGGAGUGUUACUUGCUAUGAUCGAGGGUGCUGGGAUCAUGUUAAAUAAGCUCAUGAGUGCACCCCAGAAUUUUCCUCCAAUGGAAGAAGGCAUGCCAAAUAUGCCCGGUGCACCUCAGAAUUUUCCUCCAAUAGGUCAUCUUUCUAAUCAAGCUCAAGUAAACAUCGAUAGCAUGGGAUCUUCAUCUUCCACACCAUCGUCAUCAACACCAUCAUGGUUUGGAGGAGUUUUUGGUGGCGGAAAGCAGCAGGAGACACCACCAAGCAACGGUGGGAAAACACAGGUUUUGGAGAGCUUCGAUGCUCCAAACCCACCUUCAUUUGAAUACAAAUGAGUAAUAGAAAGAGGUUUCGUGACAAUUUUCAAACUUUUUUAUAACAUUUUGAAGUUUGGGGACAAUCAUUGAGUUCCCGUCAUGUACUCCCAGGUUUGGCUCAUAUAUGUCGUAGUAAGUUCUGAUUUCAUUCGAUCUUGGCUUGAGCCCGAAUGAUGGGCUCGUAUUUGAUUCAUGAGUAUUUCGUUUGAUUCUAUACUCUAUGAAUCAAACAGAUGUUUUUACUUGUAAAAUAGAAAGGAAGCCAAAAUCAGAAUGUUUGUUUUUGGCAUAUUUGUUUUUAGUAGAAGGAAAAAUGGAGUCUGGUUGUUUUGA